AUGAAAGCUAAAGAAUGGUGUACACAGCUGGAGUUAAUACAACCUAUAAAAGUGUAUGGUAAAGUUCUUCCGUGUUUCGACGCCAUGAUAUGGAGCAUAAACGCAAUCAUAAUGAUUUAUAGACAACAAAAAAAUUUAGGUUUUAAAUAUCUUCUUACUAGCGGUUUAAACCAAGAUAUCAUAGAAAAUACUUUUUCAGUUUUUCGACAGCGUGAAGGUUUCAAUAGAAACCCGACUGCUCGAACCUUUAAAACAUCAUUUCGGUUUCAAGCAAAACAUAAUCUCAUGAAAGCCACUGAGUCAUCAAAUUGUGAAAAUGAUUUUGAUUACAAUUUAUUUGAUCCUGGUUCACAGAACGCAACGAUUUCUACACCUAACACAGAUACAGAUACUUUAGUUGAAUCAGUUUCAGACUCAUUUGUAUCUUCGGAAGAGGAGGGUGAUUUCAAUCAAUGUCUCAAUAAUAAAGAAGAACAAAUAACAUUAGAAACCUGUUCAAAUACAUAG